GCGCCAGGUGGCCACCUCUUUCUCGCGGGUGGGGCGGGGCACUGAAAGGGGCGGUCCAGGACCCUGACUUGUCUCGCGGUUACUGGGCCUAAGCGAGCGCGCGAGGCUCGGGGGCGGCACGGGGCGGGGUUUAGCCUGGGGCGGGCGCUGCGGGUGUUGCUGGGCGUCGCUGUGCUAGCUGGGCUGCGGUCGUCUCGGGUGAGGAGGUCGCACCGGAAGUGGCUCUGGCCGUGGCGCUUCGGCGGAGUAAGCAGCCUGCGAUUUUGUUGUUUAGGGGGCGCGGCACCCCACCGCUUCUUUCACCUUCCUUGCAGCUGCCAUGGCGAAAGGCAGAGUCGCCGAACGCUCGCAGACGGGCGCUAACCACAGGACCCCCGUGGGGGACGGGGCAGCGGGGACGCGGGGUCCCGCGGCGCCUGGCAGCAGAGACCACCAGAAGGAAAAAUCCUGGGCAGAAGCUGGAUCAGCAGGAAUGUCACUCCUUAUAUUGGUGUCCAUUUUCUUAUCUGCAGCUUUUGUUAUGUUUUUGGUAUAUAAAAAUUUUCCUCAGCUUAGUGAAGAAGAAAGAGUGAAUAUGAAGGUUCCCAGAGAUAUGGAUGAUGCCAAGGCUCUAGGAAAAGUUUUAUCCAAAUAUAAGGACACCUUUUAUGUUCAAGUACUUGUAGCUUAUUUUGCUACAUAUAUUUUUUACCAGCUUGCAAACAUUUGCUAUUCCAGGCUCUAUAUUUCUCAGUAUACUUUCAGGGUUUCUUUAUCCCUUUCCACUAGCCUUAUUUCUUGUUUGUUUGUGUUCUGGACUUGGUGCCUCUUUUUGUUAUAUGCUUUCCUAUUUAGUUGGGAGACCAGUUGUAUACAAAUAUCUAACAGAGAAAGCAGUAAAAUGGUCACAGCAGGUUGAACGUCAUAGAGAACAUCUCAUUAACUACAUUAUAUUUUUGAGAAUAACACCAUUUCUGCCUAAUUGGUUUAUUAAUAUCACAUCUCCUGUGAUAAACGUGCCAUUGAAAGUUUUUUUUAUUGGUACUUUUCUAGGUGUUGCACCUCCUUCUUUUGUAGCCAUUAAGGCAGGAACAACACUGUAUCAACUUACAACAGCAGGAGAAGCUGUUUCCUGGAACUCAAUAUUUAUUCUGAUGAUCUUGGCUGUGCUUUCUAUUCUGCCAGCCAUCUUCCAAAAAAAACUAAAGCAGAAAUUUGAGUAAAAAUAAUCAUCUGAUUUUUAGUUUUGCUGUCAUCACCAUCUCAGGAUUAACAGGUGCAUCCAUUUAUGUUUUAAAAUCACCUCUUCAGUAAUUAAACAAGGAAUUUGUAAAAUAAAAUUUCCUGUCAGAUAGUUAAAGUAAUACAUUUAAACGAUAAGGGGAGAAGAAAGUAAAAAUGGAAAUUGGUAUACUGUGAAAAGUGCUAUCAAUAGUUAAGGUAGACAUCUUAGACAUAAAGUAUUAUACCAAGGGUAGCUAUAGAUAAUAGUAGUGUGGUAGGAAAUUGUUGAUCCAGCUAAUUCAUUUGAUUUAAUUGAAUAUUUUUUCUCUUUAAUAACUAAAAUAGAUAUUCUUAAAUUCUAGAUUUUUAAAAGUAGUGUUGCAAGUUUUGUUAAUGUUAGACUUUUUUCAGAGCCUAAACUGGAAAACUUAAAAAGAGAUUUACAUUUUCUUCCUCUUUUGAGGUAAUGGAUUAGUUUGGAAAUUGCAUGUUAGUAGACGACUGAAUAUGGAAAGGAUAUCAAAUUGUCUAUUUUGUUAAUUUCAUUUUUGUUUUUUAUCUUCUAGAUUUUUAUCCUGGAUUAGUCUGAAAUUUAAAGUUCUGGCCAGUCUGUUUUCUUUUAUCUUGUGGUUUUUACAGUAUUUCCACUGUGCAUAUACAAAAUUGGUAUUAUAGAACUGUAUCAUAUUUGGUAUUGUUAAUUUUUUUUUUUUUUUUUUUUGAGAUGGAGUCUUGCUGUUGCCCAGGCUGGAGUGCAGUGGCAUGAUCUUGGCUCACUGCAGAUUCCGCCUCCUGGGUUCAAGCGAUUCUCCUGACCCAGCUUCCUGAGUAACUGCGAUUACAGGUGUGUGCCACCACGCCCAGCUAAUUUUUGUAUUUUUAGUAGAGAUGGGGUUUCACCAUGUUGGCCGGGCUGAUCUUGAACUCCUGACCUCAGGCUGUCUGCCCACUUCCAUCUCCCAAAGUGCUGGGAUUACAGGCUUGAGCCACUGUGCCUGGCCAUGGUAUUGAUAAUUUAUAUUCAGAUAAUUUGUUAUGGCUCUUUAAUAUCUCAAAAGGGACUCUAAAAAGCAAACACUCAAGAGUUUGUAGUUUUUAGACAUUAAGUUAAUUAUUUUAAACAAUGACAGCAAAACACAAGUGAUUAAAUAUAGUUUAUUUGUUCCAAUGACUAAAUUUUACCUCAUUUAUUAAUCUGGUUAUUAAGGAAUACAUUUAAUAAUAAUAUGUAAUUAUUCUUUUUAUGCAUGAUACACCUAGAAAAAUGCCUUUUGUUUCUGUUGAUGGCUUUUUUGUUUGGAGCUGCUUUUGAUUACUUAAUGCAGUUUCCCAAUUUAGUCUUUACUUUUUCUAACUCACAAAGUAAAAUUAACUGAUCACAUGGCAACUACUAUAUUUAAAUAGUUCUGGAAAAAUGAAAGUGCUUUUUGCUGCUUGGUUAAUGGGUAAUGCCCUUGAUUCCUUGGUUGUAGGACAUAGCUGAUCUAAAGUGCUCUGUCAGUUUUGCCUUCACCCAUGACUGUCAUGUUGAAAAGUUCUUUAGCUGUGAGAAAUCCUUGUAUGUUUUUAUUAUGAGAGGUAUAAUCAUCCUCAAAAGCCUGUUUUUACUACAUGAUGUGGACUGAUUAUUUUUUCUAUCACAGUAUUAACAGAUAGAUUUUAUUGUAAAUACAAAGAAAAUAUAUUGAUUAUUAUAGUAUUCUUAUGUCAGCUGGCCUUUUAUGUGAGAUUAUUAUUUCUAGCAAGUCUUUCUUCCUUUCUUAGUGCCCAGAGACUGAUAAAUCCUUUCUUAUUUUUACACAUAAAUUAAAACAUAGCCUUUUUGGACAAAUUCACUAAAUAUUACUGUAUAAAAUGUAAUUGAGUAAAUUUUUAUCAGAAUUUUAAAAAUGAGCUUAGACUCAGAAGCUUCACUAUUUACUCCAGCGUGUGUAAAUUGUACUUACUCUAUUCUCAGAGUAUAUUUACUGUCCUUGUCAUUGAUUCUUUCCCUUUGCUAAUUUUUUUUUUUUUGUUGUUAAUGGUAGCUGCGACUUUAGGUGGGGUAUAUUUUCUUCUCCUAAGAGAAUAGACAGUUUUUCCAGAUUCAUCAUCAUUGACUGUCAAGAAAGGACCCUUCAGCAGGCUGUACCCUCAGUGCAGUUGAUGGCCUGUCUUCAUGGAUUCACAGACUUGGCCUGAUGCCACAUGUAAAUUCAAGCUUUGGCUUGACAAUUAUACGGUAACAACCACAAGAAGACAAGCAUCUGUGGUGCAGAGGCAAGCAGGCUAACUAGAAGUUGACAUGCUAAGAAAGUGAAACUGUUCUUUCUUAGUUAAUGGUCUUUCUCUGGAGCUCUGUUACUUUGAGUAUAAUAUUUCCAUGACACUUAGUAAAUGCAAGCUAAAAUGUAGUAAUAAUAAUAAUAAAUUGUACUGGAGAAACCUAAA